AUGGAUUUUAUAAAUGAAAGUUUCGAAUAUAGAAACUCAAUCCAAACCGCUGUUGUACAACAGUCCUCUCAAUCGAACACUGAAACAGAAACACCACGCUCUCAAAGAGGUACUUCAUCAGACCAGCAAUCCUCCUCUCAAACAGUCAACCCACCAAACAACGAAACAUUAUCUGUCGCAGUCGACCAAUCACACUCGUCCAAUCAAGCAAGCAUUACAAACGAGCAAGUACCAUCACCCUCUCUCCGGGACCAGCAAUCCUCCUCUCGCACUGCAGCAGUCAACCGACCACACAAAACUAGUCAGACUUAG